CCGCUCAGUUGGCAUCUACUGGUGGAAGAAGUGAGGCGUGUCAGUGAGAGCGGCCUGAGUGUCACUGUUCUGGCCGUGGGAGUGGAGGUGCCUUGUUGUGCCUUACAGUGCGUAAAGGAGAGUGCCGGGAGUGUGUUGGAGGCAGUGGAGUGGUGACCUGGUUAACGAGUGGACUGCCGACGCCCAGAGAAGAGGGUGACCUGCAAGUGGUGUAGUGGCAGCCACCCUUCCCGGUGCUGGCCACCCUCUCACUGAGCCAAGAUGAAGUUCGCAGAGCACUUGGCGGCGCACAUCACGCCAGAAUGGAGGAAGCAGUAUAUCAGCUACGAGGAGAUGAAGGCAAUGUUGUACGCUGCUGUGGAGCAGGCGCCGUCCUCAGAGGUGACAGAGGAAGAUAUGAUCACCAGGUACUACGCCAGGUUUGACGAGCAGUUCUUCCGGGUGUGUGACAAGGAACUGGCCAAGAUCAACACCUUCUUCUCAGAAAAGAUGGCUGAGGCUACAAGAAAGUACACAACCCUAAAGUCAGACCUACAGGCGUCCAAAGACCAGCACGGGGAUGGCCUGCGCAACAGAAAGGGCUUCUCCUUCCUGCCCAAGCUGAACGUCCCUGCCAGGAAGAUGCAGGACCUCAAGCUGGCUUUCUCAGAGUUCUACCUCAGCCUUAUCCUCCUUCAGAACUAUCAGAACCUUAAUUUCACAGGCUUUAGGAAAAUAUUGAAGAAGCAUGACAAGCUAAUGACGACCACUAAUGGAGCCAAGUGGCGGGAGGACAACGUUGAUUGCUCCACUUUCAACACCAACAAGGACAUCGACAAACUCAUUCAGGAGGUUGAGGGCACCUUCACCUCAGAGCUGGAGCAGGGCGACCGUCAGAGGGCCAUGAAGAGGCUGCGUGUGCCGCCUCUAGGUGAGGCACAGAGCCCUUGGACCACAUUCAAGGUUGGCCUCUUCUCAGGAGCCUUCAUUGUGCUGGUGGUGUCUGUCAUUCUCUCAGGCAUCUUCCACGGGAACAAUCACAAUGUGGAUGUGGUGCUGAGGCUUUUCAGAGGACCACUCCUCAUCAUCCUUUUCCUCUUCCUCAUCGGCAUCAACAUCUAUGGGUGGAGAUCAUCUGGGGUGAAUCACGUCCUCAUCUUCGAGAUUGACCCAAGGAACCAUCUCACUGAGCAGCACCUCAUUGAGAUUGCCGCCAUCUUCGGAGUGAUUUGGGCCUUGAGUGUGCUGGGGUUCCUGUACGCCAGUGCACUGUCCAUCCCGUCCUAUACGGUGCCCCUUGCCUUGCUCUGCUUUAUGCUACUCUUCUUAGUCAACCCCACCAGGACCUUCCACCACGAGGCACGCUUCUGGCUCCUCAAGAAGUUGGGUCGUGUGGUUUGUGCUCCUUUCGUGUUUGUGCAGUUUGCUGAUUUCUGGCUGGGCGACCAACUCAACACUCUGGUGCAGGUGCUGAAGGACUUUGAGUAUUCGCUGUGCUUCUAUAUGCAAGGCAUCAACUGGUACAUGGACGAGAAAGUUGAAGACCACGUGUGCAUUGACAAGACAGAGGUGGUGAGGAACAUUGUGGCAUGUCCGGCGUGGUGGAGGUUUGCACAAUGUCUGAGACGUUACCGAGACACCAAAGAAAUGUUUCCACACUUGGUGAACGCCUUCAAGUACGCCACAACCUUCUUCGUGGUGACCUUCUCCUGCCUCACUCAUGUGUACGAAGGCCAGUAUGACAGCAAGAACAGCAAUCCCUUCUUCUACAUGUUGGUGGUGUCCAGGCUGUUCAGUUCAUGCUUCGUGUUCUGGUGGGACAUGGUGAUGGAUUGGGGCAUGUUUGACAAGAACAGUGGAGAGUACAAGUUCCUGAGGGAGGAGCUCGUCUAUUCCUCCCCUUACUAUUACUACUUUGGCAUCGUGGAGGAUUUCAUUCUCCGCUUCAUCUGGACCUGCUCCCUCACCCUCACAGAGCUCAAGCUUGCAAAGGGAGAGAUCCUCGUCUCCGUCCUGGCCCUUCUGGAAGUGUUCAGGCGGUUCAUCUGGAAUUUCUUCCGUCUGGAGAACGAACACAUCAACAACUGUGGUAAAUUCAGAGCUGUGAGGGACAUCUCCAUCAUACCCAUGGAUGCCUCAGACCAGGCACAGAUUGUCAAGAUGAUGGAUGAAGUUGAUGGUGUCGUGAACCGCAAGAAGAAGAAGGCUGGUGGGAAGCAACGUAAGGGAAUUGAAUCUAAACCUCUUCUUCUGGAUGGUGGUGGCGGUGGAGAUGGCGGAGGAGGCGGCGGCAUUGGAACCACUCUCCCGUACCCGCUGAAGGAGGAUGAAGGGAGUCCCGCGGAGACACAGCACGCCAGAUAGACGCAACACCUGAAGCCGGGCGGGAGCCACACACGCCACCACGAGACCUGUCUACUGUCUGGCUGCCCGCAUGUAGACGUAGACUUGCUGUGGCUAGCCAAUUCGAAUUUUGAAACGUUUUGCUCUCACCACUAUUUUCAAAGGCCACAGAGAUGAUUCACCGGGGUUUUUAAGAGUGUUUCUCCUGUUGAUGCUGUAAAAAUCUUGUUAAUCUAUCACUAGAACCGUAAAAACACCCUUAAAAACCCGUGUUACUUCAACUAGAGGCUCUUCAUUGUUGGGAGGUAUGGCGCGGAAGCGUUUCAUAAUAUGGCACACUGUAUGGUGGUUGCACCUCGGUACUUCUGGCAGAAUAUCGCUGCUUAUCACUGACACACACACACACACACACACACACACACACACACACACACACACACAUAGCUGUCCUCUUGGCUAUGUCUACAGAACUGUCCCCAAAAAGAAUUGGUGCCUUAUCUUCACAACCCUUAUCAAUGAAAGUUGCCGGGGUAUUCAAAAGUACGUGUUUUGAUGAGUCUCGAGGAUUCUGAUCCACUGGUGAGGGAAAAAAGAAGACGCCAACUUGACUCAUCUAUGAUGUUUGCAAUGCAGUCGUGAUGGGAGGAGGCAGCGUUAAAGCCAGCAAGAUGCAAUCAGAGAACACAAAAAGAAAACGAGCUCUACAGUAAGACAUGAAGCAAAACCAAAGGAAUCCUUACUUGGCGAUACAGAGACUAAAGCUCUCCAUCCACAUCCACAUCCACAUCUCAACCAUCUGUAGAGGACUCAGGAUCCACGUGCAUAUGCAUCCCGGGAGGGAGAGCAUCACAUUACUAUCGUCACUCCUAGAAUUAAUAUAAGCUGCCAAACCAAAUAUCCUUUCGUGAGACGAGAGGGCGCUGCUGCCCUCACGAACAGCGGUAGUAGUUACAUUUCAUUUCACCGCCAAUAGCGGGACGUGUGACCCGGCCUGAAAAUAUAUGCGGUGGCGAUGACCGAACCACACCUCCAUGCACUACCACGGGUGGGAUGCCAACACUGCCAUGUGGCGAAGCAGGUAAGGAUGGCCUUCGGAGUACAAGCGUGCAUUGUUUUCUUUAGUACGUGAGUGCGAUUUAAGUAAUGUAUAGAUCCAUAUUUAUAUGUAAUGUAUAGGGAAUGACUGCAGAGAGAGAGAGAGAGAGAGAGAGAGAUAAUACUCAUAAUUGUAAAGCGCUGGAGGACAAGGGUUACAUCUGUGCCCUGCUUGGGAGGUGUAGCGUGUUUCCCUUCAUGAAAAACACGCCGUAGUCGUGCGCUGAGUCACGGUCACAGCAGUUCAACAAUUCACAGGAGCAACGUAUGAUUCAAUGUUAGGAAAGUUGUUUUAUACUGAAAAAAGUUAAAAGAUA